UUCCAGUUUUGCUCGUCACAUUCCACGCCCCUCCAUCAUGUUUGUUUCUAGAGUUACCGCUGCUAUGGCCGCCAUUUCGUGUGUGUUAGGCGGUGUACACACUCAGUAGCAGUCAAAUAAAAUGGGCAAAGAAGAAAAGGCGGCACCGAGUUCUUUCAAGCGCAGUGCAUUACUAUAGGAUCUCAGAGCGCGCUAUUAAUAAACAAGACAAGCUGGACAUUUCUACUGAGAGAGGAAUCGCUAUCAAUAAACACAUUCAGCCGAAAUACAAUACAGCGCAACCGAGUACAAUCACAUAAACCACUAGCACCCGUUUACUCACAGUAAUCCAAUCACAUUUACCCCCUUUAACCUCUCAAGGUCUCUCCGCGCACGCGUAUUGCGCAAACACUGCCGAUCCCGUUGAUGCUCUCGCGAGAAUCUGGUCAGGUGACCCGGGCAGAGAACUUGGUUCGCCGGUGACGCAGCCGCCGGAAGUAGCAACAAUGAGUUACACAGAGAAGCCAGAAGAGAUCACGAAAGAAGAAUGGAUGGAAAAACUGAACAACUUACAUAUCCAAAGAGCAGACAUGAACCGUCUAAUCAUGAACUACCUUGUUACAGAGGGAUUUAAGGAGGCAGCAGAGAAGUUUCGAAUGGAGUCAGGAAUAGAACCUAGUGUUGAUCUGGAGAGCCUUGAUGAAAGAAUAAAGAUCCGAGAGAUGAUUCUGAAGGGCCAGAUCCAGGAAGCCAUUGCUCUGAUCAAUUCCCUGCACCCUGAGCUGUUGGAUACCAAUCGCUACUUGUACUUUCACUUGCAGCAACAACACCUUAUUGAGCUGAUCCGACAAAGGGAGACAGAGGCAGCUCUGGAGUUUGCACAGACCCAACUGGCAGAGCAGGGAGAAGAGAGCCGUGAGUGCCUGACUGAGAUGGAGCGGACGCUGGCACUGUUGGCAUUCGAUAACCCAGAGGACUCUCCCUUUGGGGACUUGCUCAACAUGAUGCAAAGACAAAAGGUAUGGAGUGAAGUUAACCAAGCUGUCUUGGAUUAUGAGAACCGUGAGUCCACCCCUAAAUUGGCAAAAUUACUCAAAUUGCUACUCUGGGCUCAGAACGAACUGGACCAGAAGAAAGUCAAAUACCCUAAGAUGGCCGACCUCAGCAAAGGGACAGUGGAAGAACCCAAGUAACUCCCGUUCACUUCACAGGAACUUCUGGAAUAUUUGCCUGUGCGCAUCCUCUGUCUUCUCAGUCUGUGACUGCAACAUUUGUACUCCAUGCGCAGCGUCAGGGAGAAACCAUCUUACUCCUUGUCCUUUUAUCUCACGUCUCUUCCUGGUACAGGAGGAAAUAGGCUGAGAGCCAGGUUCAGUCAGUAUUUCCAAUCUACGCCGGCUCCUCACAGUGCCAAGGGGCAAUUGCUUAGGCUGCAGCUCCUGCAGGGAAUUAGUGAUCAGUCUAACUAUGCACCACACCUCUUGUUACUAAAAUGUUGUGACAUCUCCCAUUAUUUAUUGGGUCAUCUUUGCUGAACCUUUUAUAUCAGUUCCAGGUCUUGCCACACGUAACUGACAAUAACUCUUCCUACUCUAGCUAUUGCCUCAUGCUCUAGCUCUUGCACAACUACAUCAAAGGGGAAGCUCAUGCUAGAUUUAUGUGCUAGAGUAGGUGAUUUAUAUUUGUGUUUUCUUUCAUCUGCCUGUUCUUGUUAGUGAACAUGUUUAACAGUCCCAUGACGGCUUAUUGCCCCACAGCUCUGUGCAUCUUGGCUGGGCACUGCAAGAGUAAUUCAGUUUAUUAGAGCCAAAGAGUUGAUUAGACUAAUAUCUGUUUGUGAAGAUGGAUUUUGGCAGGUUGGAGCAAUCAGAACAAUUUCUAAAGGUAAAUGUUGUGCUUGGCAUAUUAGCUGUGUGCUGUGCUUUAUUGCAGGGAUUUCUUUCUGCGUCUCCUGGAAGUCGGUUGUAUUUUAAUUAAAGAGGCAGAGUUUUAUUGUAAGGAUGAUCUAGAAGAACACUAUCCACUGAGCUUAAUGUAAUACUAAGUCUGUCCCCUCUCCAACAGAGGGGUAAUGCAGGCUGAAUCCCUUCCCCUGUGCGUGUAGAGACUGGGACAUUAUAUAAUCUUUGUUCUUUAGUGUUAGCCAUUCAUACUAGUGUUCGUUACGUUUGCUAGUGUUAGGUAUUUUUGUGGGUAAUUCAGUUUACAGUUGCUCUUUGGGGGGGGGCACUUAAAAGGAUUUCAGUGCAAAUCUGUAGCACCAAUGGUUACAAAUUGGAUGAAAUCUUAUUUAGUGAAAUCACCCCUAUUGUUAGUUACUGCUGUUAGAGUCGAAGUCAACUUAUGUAGUUUGUUUACGUGGAUCAUAUAAAGAAAUGUCAAUCUCAUAAUUUAAUUUAUCAAUCGCUAAGGAUCGUCAGUGGGCAAAAAAUGCAAUAUACGCAAAUGUCCUCAUUGAUUGGGUGUAUAUGAAGUCAUACCCCAAAACUAUAGGAGAUGCUGUAACAAACCAAUAAGUCUUGUUGGAUAUCACAGUGAUGGAGACUUUAACAAACCUGGGAAGCCUGAGUGUACUAAACCUCCUCAUGCCUUUGAACUGCUGGAUGAUAUCCUAAAUAAAGCAGCCCUAUGGCAUUAUUGUUAUUAGCCCCCAUAUCUUGCAGAUCCUCUUGUGCUUCUAGGUGCCCUGUCACCACUGAGCCACCGUAGUUUUCACAUAACCCACAGGGAAGUGCUGAUUACAGAACCUUGAAUCAAUUGUUGGACAUGUUCUUGUACCAAUAACGUCUGGGUUCUUCCAGCAUCCUUAUGGCGACACUAAACAAUGCACAUAGAAUAUUAAAUGAGCGCUUGCAAGUCCUGCAGUUUGGCACAAUGCCACCUUGAGCUGAUUAUUUAAUUGUUUAUUGUACCCAGACAUAUUUGAGCCUGUGUGUGAGUGCAGCCUGAUCCCUGUAAUGGUUGUAGUGUUACUGGUUUUAGGUUUGACCUUUUCUGUACGUGACUGAUUGCUGUCUUCUGUUCUGUAAGACUUUGUGGCCUGGGCUUGGUAUUUCAGAUAACAGUGAGGGCUGCUAGGAUGCCCAAUAUAGUGCUAUACCUACAGUACAAAACUGCUAAUCAGGCUUAUUUUUUUUUUUUUGUAGCUUCUAGAGGCUUGGCUAGUGGUGUCUGGUCUGCUGUUGAACACCUAAGGCUAUCCGGAAGUACAGUCAGCAGCAGGUUGGACCUUCCUAGCUGAACGGAAGCAGUUGAUUUUAGGUCAGUUAAAGGAGAACUAAAGCUUAACUAAAGAAGUAGCUAUAAAUGUUGUACAUUAUGUUUUGGGCUUCUGUACCAGCACAAGGCAAACACAACCGUUUAGCAGUAAAGAUCUGUCUCUCCAAAGAUGCCCCAGUAGCUCCCCAUCUUCUUUUCUGCUGAUUCACUGCACAUGCUCUGUGCUGAUGUCUUUUACUGAGCUUAGGGACCCACUCACAAUAUACAGUACACAUAGAAUAGAAAUGUCACAAUAAAAGACUGAUUAGUAAUUAAUACAGAUAAUUACUACAAGGCAGCACAGAAACCAGUGCAACUAGCAUCAGAAUUUAAUAAUCAGCCCUGUAGCAUUAUUUAUAUUUUUAUUAUAUUACAGGUCAACCUCAUUUUCUUCUUGAUAAUUAGUGACGACCCCUAAACUUAGCUUCUCAACAACUGCUCAGAGCCCACUGAGCAUGUGAGUGUUGCAGACACUUUCCAAAAUGGUGACCCCCUGUGACAAGUUUGAAGUCCUGGAUUAUUGCUGCUAUUGACAAGCUGAAACUUUAGGCUGGUGCAAUAAGUUCAGUAUAUAAAAUGAAAUUUUUAGCCACAUUCAUUUUUAGGGUUUAGCUCUCCUUUAACCCUUCUCCUUUCCUUAUGAAGUCAUUGGGUCAUAUUACAGGGCCCACCAUUGAUGCCAACCAUUUGCAGGCACCCAAUAACCCCUAGAGUGGCAUUAAGCCUGCAACUGCCAGAAAUCCUUUACUGCACAUUGUGGGGCCAAUGUGGGGUGUACCUCUGUAAAUAUCAGUUUGCCUUUGUACAUAGUUUUACAUUCCUGUUCUGCAGGACUCCAGUGUACUGUUUCACAUCUGCAUUAUGCUCGGGGGAGAAAGUUUGUAGUUUGUGGGGGGGGGAGUUUUGAAAUUAAAAUUCACAGAGAUGUGGGACCUUU